AGUCCACGUCUAUUAAUACUCGAAUUUUGCAUCGUCAACAUAGGCAAUUUGCGGUGAUGUUAAAGUAAUUUAACACGUUUCGCGUUUGUCCAACAGAAGCUGCUAAUAAUCCUUCGACUGAUGAUGAGUCCGAGAAAAUUGAGAAAGAAAUGCUGAAAAGUGUAACCAGUGAUUUGAAAUAGUUUGUGAAAGAUCGAGUUAUUCAGCCAGUAGCUGCAUCACAAUCUUUGACAAUUUUCAUACACUCGCAGGGAUGUGAUUUUCAAAAUAAUCGAAUUCUACGGUGGCUCUUAAAGGACGUGUUAUUAAUCAAUAUUAACAAUCAACGUUAUCGCUUAGUAAUCGAAAUAAUGAUGAAUCUAACAUAAUGCCUGAAACGCAUGAAGAGUAGAUCGAUUAACAACAACAUAACAAAUAAAACGUUCUUCGAGAAUCGAUACGAUCACGAGAAACAUUAGGAUCAAGCGCGAAGCUAGUACGAAGGAUACUUUGCGGUACUUUCGUCGAUUAAGAAUCAUCCCGUGAAACGACGAUUGCGACAAUCGGAGGGCCAAGCAGCCGUGAUAUGUUCCCCUCGUCAGCGGCGAUGCUGAAGAAUCUGCAGCAAAGUGCCAUGACCUCGCCCUUCUUAAUGGAGAACCUGCUCCAGAGCAAGGCGUCGCCGGGGACAGAUCUUACCAGUCUAACCUUGAACUGGGCGGCGAGUCUGGUGGCGCGACAGCGCGAGAGAGAAUGCGAGGCGAAUCUCAGACUCGUCCGCGACAGAUCUUCUCCCAGCGAUCUCGUCCAGGAUCACCUGGAUCAACGAUCCGGCUCGGUCGGCGGUCGCGAUCGCAUGAUGAUCGAUUGCGGUGGCCGGGAUCAGCAGAGAUCCAGCGGCGGUAGAUCCGCCGGCGAGCGGCAGCAUGACAGAAUGCAGCUUCUUCAGCGUGAGAAGGAGGUUCUAGAUCGGACUCAGAGCGUCUACGUGGACAUGGAGAACGAGAGGAUGGAUGGCCCAGUCGUGGACCGGCUGUGCGCGAUGGAGAGGCUUUGCAACGAGAGGAUCGACAAUCGAUCCAACUCGGGUGUGGAAUCGUGCAACUCGAACGUCGACGAGGACCCGAUCCCGGUCGCCGAGCUGGACGGCGGUCUUCAAGCGGCCGACAGGGAUGAGAUGAUACUGGGCGAGCGGGUCUCCGCGAUCGAGAUAGACAGACGAUACGACCUUGGAUGCAGAAAUGUCAUGCACAUGUCCGACGAGAUGACGAUCGUAUCGGGAGAGAGGGAGACAACGGUGACGGCAGUGGCGGCGGUCGAGCGUGCCGUCGACAGAAUAGGCGAGAGGACCACGAACGCCGUCGCCUGUUCCUGCGGCGAGGAGCAGUGCUCCGGACCGGCAUGCAGGACCAUCCAGGAGAAGGAGAAGCCGCAGCUCAAGUUCAGCGUUAGCGCCAUACUCGGUGGCAAUCACGAUAGGAGACCGCAUUCCGAUAAUUUUCAAGGACUUCCGCCGGAAGCGAUACCCGCCUUUUUGCAGAAUCUACAAAAUUCGGCGGGUUACAAUAUCGCCAAGCCGAUCGCGAGGCCAGCGGCUUAUCACCCUUAUCACAGGCCGAGUCAUCAACCCCCUCAACGACACUUGCCACCGAACGCUCAUCAUACGCUGCAACAACUGUUCUACAGAGGCCCAUAUCUGACAGUUGCUAGCUCUGGGACCGGAAGUCAUCAUCCUGGCACACCCGGCGGAGGUGCCGUGUUUCCAGGCGCUAUCCAGGGUAGUAUCGGUGAUUUUUCCGGUACCGGUUUGGUUUUUCCAUGGGCGACGAACGCGCGCGGGAAACCACGCCGAGGAAUGAUGAGGAGGGCCGUUUUCUCGGAUCUCCAGCGUCGCGGACUCGAGAAAAGGUUCCAGAUACAAAAGUAUAUCAGUAAACCGGAUCGUAAGAAGCUCGCCGAGAAACUGGGCCUCAAAGACUCGCAAGUGAAGAUUUGGUUCCAAAAUCGGCGCAUGAAGUGGCGAAACAGCAAGGAGCGAGAGCUCCUGGCAACCGGUGGUUCGCGCGAGCAGACGUUACCGAACAAAAACAAUCCCAAUCCAGAUCUGAGCGACGCCGAUGGGGAUCGGCCGAGGAUGGAUCUGAGCGACGUGAGUCCGCUCACGAGUCCUCAGAGGCCUGAAGAGCAAACGGAGAACGAAGAGGACGAGGAGAUAAACGUCACGUGAUAAAGCACGCCGCUGGACCCAGCAUUCUGACGAAGUAGCGAUAACUCAUAAUUUGUGAAUCGAGGAGAAUACCGGCUGGACCAAAAGAAAAAUGUUAAACAAAACAGAUUUGGUAGGCAUUUGAAAAAAAUUAAAGAACCUAUAAUUCAGAGUUUAAAACUUUCAUUUUUGCUAUAUGUAUAUUAUUGCAAUUUUAAUAUCGAUUAUAUAAUAUAUUACCGAUGAGAAAAUAUACAUCUCUUCUCCUAAUCUCUUUUUAAGCCAUUCGGUAUGCUUUACACGGAUCUAUUUUUACAUGGAUAAAUGUGCAAAGUAUUGCGCAAAGUUCAAGAUAGUUGUUAAUUUUAAUCAUACAUUUUCCAGCUGGCCAAUCUUUUAUUGGCGAUUAUAUUUGCAGAAUAUUGAAUUAUUACAGGGUGUUUUAGAUUCCUUGUAAGAAAAGAAUAUUGCGAGUUGCAUUAAUAUUUCCUCUCAUUUGAUUCUUAUAAUAUCCAAUGAUGAAUCCAAUUAUCUAAUGAUCAUCGGCGUUUGUCCUCAAAAUAUCUUUUUCCAUCUUAUAUUA